UCUCUCUCUCUUUCUCUUGGAUGUACAAAUCAGACUAUACUAUAGCUUUAUUUAUCUCUUCUUUUGCGUCUUAGAGUCCUUACUUUGUGAGAGAGAAGGGAAAGGUGGGUGAUUAAACAAAAGUAUAUGUUUUCAGUAGUAGAAAUUUGCUAGACAAUAAAGAAAGAAGGGAUUUUUCUGGGGCUGCGAAGAGAACAGAGGAAAAGACAGAAAGUGCAACGUCAGAGUUAGCCCCGUAGGGUUCCCCUCUUUGGUUUGUGAUUUUGGGUUCUUGUUUUGGACUGCUUGAGGAUUACAGAGGGAUCUCUUCUCAUCCACAUCUCUCUGUCUCUGAGUUUUAUGAGCUGAGUCUUUUUCUUUAUCUUUUUUAUUUGUUCAUAUUUGUGUGGUUCUUGUUGGAUUUUUUUGGUAUUAGCAAGUAAGUUUCAAGCAUGAAGCACAAAAGUGGAUAGAGGAUCUGCUUAAGCUCUAUCUGGCUAGUUACUUAUUACUCUCUCUCUCUCUCUCUCUUCUUGUUUCUUUUGAGUUUUCUUAAAAACAAAAAAUUGUCUCUUGGGUUGAGGCCAAACAAAGAAGAAAAAAUCAUAGGCCUAUGAUGAGGAUUAUGGUAUUCAUACAUGUUAAGACGACUUGAGUAUGUCAAGUAUCAAUUUCUUUCUCCUUUAUUGGGUUAGUUUGGUUUUGUCUUUGGAUCUUUUGUACCCUAGUUAUGUAUGUAAAACCAAGAUCCAUGGUCGAUGAUGCAACCUUCAGAGUCCUAGAAUUGGUUAUGUAAGAGAAGAUGAUGAAAGGUUUGUUAUUCCACGAUCAACAGCAACAAGUUCUGGAAGAGAAUAUGUCAAAUUUGACUUCUGCAUCUGGUGAAGCAAGUGUUUCUUCAGGCAAUAGAGCCGAAGCUGCCACCAACUAUCCUCAACAAUACUUUAGUACUCCACCACCUGAAACUCAGCCAGCUAAGAAAAAGAGAAACCUGCCAGGCAACCCAGACCCAGAUGCAGAAGUGAUAGCUUUGUCUCCUAAAACACUCAUGGCAACAAAUAGAUUUGUGUGUGAGAUCUGCAACAAAGGGUUUCAAAGAGACCAGAACCUCCAGCUCCACAGAAGAGGGCAUAACUUGCCGUGGAAGUUAAAGCAAAGAACAAGUAAAGAGGUGAGGAAGAAGGUGUAUGUCUGUCCAGAACCCAGCUGUGUGCAUCAUGACCCAUCAAGGGCCCUUGGGGACUUGACAGGAAUCAAGAAGCAUUUUUGCAGAAAGCAUGGUGAGAAGAAAUGGAAAUGUGAUAAGUGUUCAAAAAGGUACGCAGUUCAAUCGGAUUGGAAGGCUCACUCCAAGACUUGUGGCACUAGAGAAUACAGAUGUGACUGUGGAACCCUCUUCUCAAGGAGAGAUAGCUUCAUCACUCACAGAGCCUUCUGUGAUGCUUUAGCAGAGGAGAGCGCAAGAGCAAUCACGGGAGCUAACCCACUUCUCUCCUCGCAUCAACCAGGAGCAUCAGCAUCUCACAUUAAUUUACAAGUUCCCCAAUUCAAUGCCCAAGACAUACAAGCAUUUUCACUUAAGAAAGAGCAACAAAGUUUCAGUCUAAGGCCAGAGAUUCCUCCAUGGCUCGCUAGCCAACCAAUGCUAGGGGCUGGUCCGGGCCCACCACCACAGCCUAUAGAUCUUUCCUCAUCAUCAUCAUCAUUCUUCUCCGCAAGAUUAGAUCAUCAUCAUCAAGAAUUCACACAAACAACACACCAUCAGGACUUAACACAUCAUGAAAACCCCAACCCUAACCCUACUAGUCUUGGCCCCACUCUUCCUGCCUACCAUCCAACAACAGUACCAUCCCCACACAUGUCAGCAACUGCAUUACUUCAGAAAGCAGCCCAGAUGGGUGCAACCAUGAGCAGCAAAACUGGCUCAUCAUCAGCACCAGCUACUGCUGCAGCUGCUUCCUUGAUCAGACCCCACCAACAAGCUCACGUGUCUGCUGAUUCUGCUGGCAGUAACAAUAACACAACAACAGCUGUUUUUGGCCUCAACUUGUCUUCACGUGAAGAACUGGCUGUAGGUAGUGGGUUUAUCCACGGCGUGGCUUCUUUCGAGAACCAUAAACCUGCUGCUGCUGCCAAUGCAGGUGAUCAUGCUGGCUCAGGUGCUCCCCCUCCUUCUCUCCUUCAAGACAUGAUGAAUUCUUUGUCUUCUGGCACUGGAUUUGACGGCACUUCAUUUGAUGAUGCAUUUGGUGGAAUUUUGAACGCAAAGACGAAGGAUGGGAGGUUCAUAAAUGAAACAUUCUCAUCAACAACAACUACACCAACAACAACGACAAAUGCUGCUGCCGCCGCUAGGAAUGAUCACGAAACUGGCGGUAUUCAAGGUGAAGGCUUGACGAGAGAUUUCUUGGGUCUUAGAGCUUUCUCUCAUAGCGAUAUUCUCAAUCUUGCUGGUCUUAGUAACUGCAUGAACACUUCGCAUGAACAACGCAAUCAGUCGCAAAAACCAUGGCAAGGUUAGGUAAUAUAGAAACCUUUUAUUUUUUUUUUCUUUUCCUUCUCUCUUUCUAAACUACUUUUCAAAUACUAUAUGUUAAAUUUUAUAUUCUCCUUUUGUUUUAUUCUGUUACUUUCUUUUUAUACCCUUCGAUCUUUGCUACAAUCUUUCCGAAGGGAAGGACCUCUCAAAAAUACUGGUAUAUAUAUAUAUAUCAGUUCCUUAUAUGUUGCCCAUGCUACAAAUUUUUGCCCUUUUGUUUAAUUCAAUGGUAGUAUAUUCUUCAA